AUGCCGGAUGGACUGGUCAAGGCGGGUCGAUGGAUGGAUGGAUUAACGUUGCAGGAAUUUGGAAAGGUUUUGCCCAAUGAGGCCUGCAAGCAGAGAAACAUGUUUGGCCUGUUGCUCGAGUCUCAUGACCAGCGCCGUCUCCGUUCAUCCGGCGGGCCAUUGACGCUCAAGAGUCUGCAACACUCCUCAUCACCAUCCUCACCCAUCGCCAAAAUUCAUGUAUUGCAUAUUGAAAUGUACCCUCUCGGUUUUCCUCUGCUCUCCGCAUUCGCUUGUCACCUUCCGGUCGAGGCCCCACUCUCACUCAGCUUGCUGGUCGGGAAUGAGAACCUCUUGGCGUCGGACAUCCAGUGGAAUAAAGUAGAUCCCGACAAUCCGAUCGGCUAUAUGUCAUGGAAAUCAGCUAUCGACCAGCUGCCGGCACCUAAGUCCUCCUUUUUAAGCACUUCAAGCUCGAGCGGGGACUGGACCGCGGGGCCUGCGCACUUCGCGAGUCAAGUCUGCGAUAGCCAUACACAACCUUGA